AUGGGUACAUUUGCGCUUAAAAUUGACAUUAGUAAGGCAUUCGAUGGAGUGGAUUGGGAUUUUUUAAGAGAUGUGAUGCGGUGUCUGGGUUUUUCGACUUUAUGGGUGAAUUGGAUGUUUUUGUGUUUUUCACAAGUUAAUUAUAAUGUGAAUUUUGAUGGUCUUCUAAUCGGUCCUAUUAAACAUGGGAGGGGCUUAAGGCAGGGAGAUCCUUUACCCCCUUAUCUGUACCUUAUUUGUGCGGAAGUUCUUUCUCUUCUUUUUUCUGAUGCCAAAAGGCAGGGUUUAAUUCAUGGGCGUUGGGCAAGUAGUCGAUGUCCUAGGACUUCUCACCUAUUAUUUGCAGACGAUUCACUAUCCUUUUUCCAGGCAAAUGUCUUUGAAGCCUCUCAGGUUCAAUCUAUCCUUUAUGAGUAUGAGAGAGCUUCUGGUCAGUCGGUGAAUUUAGGGAAAUCAGGUAUUUUGUUUAGCCCAAAUGUUAGUAUGGAGCUUGAGCUUAAUAUUUCAGCGAUUCUUGCUGUGCAUAACCCUUUGGGUGGAGCCUUAAGAAGGAUGGUUGUAUGGGGUUCAGAGACUUACAUUGCUUUUAAUGUUGCUAUGCUAGCAUGGAGUCAGAUGGAGAGUAGGGAAUGUUCUUUUGAUAGUAGAGAUUUGCUUAUUUGGUACUAUGAUAAGAAGGGGAUAUACACGGUGAAAUCACGGUAUUAUGUGAGUUUGAAGGGAAGGAAGGUGCUGAGUUGUUUAUUGUUUUGGCUUGGAAAAUAUGGUAUUUCCGAAACUAGCUGCUGGAAUCAACGUGGUAGCUCUGCUGUGGAUAUUCAUACUACUGCCGUGAAGUACCUGUCGGAUUGGCAAGUGUACUUGCCACAUGAAGCUGUUGUGACGUCCAUUUCAGUGCUUCAUCGACAUGCACGUGCAGCACCAUCCAUUCAAGCUCAUAAUUUUGCUUGGCUUUGCUUCGUUGAUGGAUCAAUGUUCACAACCAAGGAUUUCAUUAGGUAUGGUUAUGUUAUUGAGGACAGUGAGGGAUGGUUUCAACGUGCAGUUUUAGGGUUUCAGGAAGGCAAUGGCUCGGCGGCAGUGGUGGAGGCUCUAGCUCUUUGUUCCUGCUUUCAUAUGCUCGUGAAUUUCUUCCUUUAA